AGGGAAGUCUCUCUGUGGCUCCAUUUUUUGGCAAAAUGUCCACUAUUACCAGGCAAUACACUUCCUCCUCUUCCUGUAUGAAGGGGCCUUCAUGCAGUUUUGGUGGGGGCUCUUCCCAGCUCUCCUCUGUCCCUCUGGGUGGGGGAUACAGAACCUCAAGCAUCCAUGGAGGAGCUGGUGGCAUCUCUGUCUCUUCCUCUCGCUAUGUCUCUGGUGUUGGCAGUGCCCUUGGUGGUGGCUAUGGGGGCAGCAACUAUUGUAGGAGCUACGGUGGUGGCUUUGGCAGUGGCUUUAGUGGGAGCCUUGGUGGAGGCUUUUCUGGAGGCUCUGUGGUCAGUGGUGAUGUCCUUCUGGCUGGAGGUGAGAAGCAAACCAUGCAGAACCUUAAUGACCGCUUGGCGAUCUACCUGGACAAGGUGCGGGCAUUAGAGGAAGCCAAUACCGAUCUGGAAAUUAAGAUCAAGGAAUGGUACCAGAAGCAAGCACCUGGUCCAGACCGUGACUACAGCGCCUAUUUCAGAAUGAUCGAGGACCUGAGGAACAAGAUUUUAGCAGCUACCAUUGACAAUGCUAGUGGUAUGCUUCAGAUUGACAAUGCUCGCCUGGCUGCUGAUGACUUCAGAACCAAGUUUGAAACAGAGCAAACUUUGCGUAUGAAUGUUGAAAGUGACAUCAAUGGGCUGCGCAGAGUCUUAGAUGAACUGACCCUAUCUAGAUCAGACCUGGAAAUGCAGAUUGAGAAUUUGAAAGAGGAACUGGCAUAUCUCAAGAAGAACCAUGAAGAGGAAAUGAAUGUUUACCGAAAGCAAGUUGGUGGAGAAAUCACUGUAGAAAUGGAUGCUGCUCCUGGAGUGGACCUCACCAAGAUCCUGACAGAGAUGCGCGAACAAUAUGAGACUUUGGCGGAGAAGAACCGCAGAGAUGCUGAGCAAUGGUUCUUCAGCAAGACUGAAGAGCUAAAUCGGGAAGUUGCCACCAAUACAGAACAGCUGCAGACGAGCAAGACAGAGAUUGUAGAACUGAGACGUACUGUUCAAAGUUUGGAGAUAGAACUGCAGGCUCAACUCAGCAUGAAAGCAGCACUGGAAGGCACAUUGGCAGACACAGAAUCUCGCUAUGGUGCUCAGCUUGCUCAGAUCCAGACUCUGAUCACCAAUGUGGAGCAGGAGUUGGCUGCCCUGAGAUGUGACAUGGAACGCCAGAACCAUGAAUACAAGGUCCUCCUUGAUGUCAAGACACGCCUGGAACAGGAGAUUGCCACCUACCGUCGCCUCUUGGAGGGAGAGGAAGCCCACAUCACAUCCCAGUACAAUGCAGCUACAUCUGGCAGAGAAGUGCCAAAAACAUCUCGCCAGGUCCGCAUGGUUGUUGAGGAGCUUGAAGAUGGGAAAGUAAUUUCUUCGCGUGAGCAAAUCAAGCAGAGUUCUUACUGAAAAGGACCAGUGAUCCUACAUACUCCAAGACAUAUCAGAAAAAGUAGUUGUAGUGUAUGUUUUUGUCUAGUUGAUAUUCUGUAGUAUGUACGUUUGGAUCAAAAGGGGAACAAAGUUAUAUAAUUAUCUGGCUUUUUCAACCAAUAAACUUGU